AUGGCGGCGCCCUUCGUCGCCUCCCUCCUCGCCGCCUCCCUGGUGCCCUUCCAACAUAUGGUUGAUAAUCACAACGCCCCGUCGCGCGCGUCCUCCUCUUCCUUCCCUACCCGCCUGCGGCCCGCCGUCAUGCGUGUCCUCCUCUGCCCGGUCGCCGGCGUGUGCGUCGUCCACCUCCGCCCGCCUUCGGUGCCCCUCUCGGCGCGCCACCUCUUCAGGUUCGUCUGCCCCUCCCCCGCUCCCUCCCCUCCUUGGUUCUCCUUCACCGGCGGCACCUUUUGUUUUUGCAAUGCAGAGCUCACGCCGGAGCAGAAGGCCGAGCUCGUGAUGUCGCUGAAGGGUAUAAAGAAUUUCACUGUUCUGAUCGAGCUUGACUUGUUAGACAACAAUAUAACAGCGCUCCCAGCAGAGCCGGGAUUGCUUGAGCCUAACCUGCAAGUGUUGAAACUUGAUGGGAAUCCGCUUAUAAGGUAUCUGCCAAGGAGAUGUCAGCCCACUCUUGUGAAGGAACGUCAAGGGGUUGGAGCAGCUCGGCGGGAUGGAGGGCCUCCAUUUUGUUGCGUUGGCACGUCACAUAGGAACGCACGAAGUCGUACACCACGGUCCUGUCAUUGUCGAUGAUGAAGUCCAACCAGAGUUGCAUCGGGCAGGUCGAUAGGGAGUUGCUACAGCACGAUAUGGAUUGGUGCUCGUUUGUCUGGAUUGGGAGACCAUCAGCAGCAGUGUCGUUGGCAGCACAAUCUUUUUGCUUGCUCUAAAGCAAAACAUGCAUCACACCAGGAACAACCACAUCGUUCCUAAAACCCUGGCUUACAUAUAUAUAGCUAAAAUGCAGCAAGAA